ACAGGAGAUUCUAAUAUGGAAGAUAACACUGCAAAGGAUCUAUUCAGCAAUUUACCAAAUGAAAUUAUGAGGCACAUUGUUUCUUUUCUUCCAAAUGAAUCUGCACUUGAAACCAUCUUUCUCUCUACAAGGUGGAGGAACCUGUGGAAUGAAGCUCUUGUUAGACAUGGAACUAAAGAAAACAUCACUCAGGUGGUUGCUGGAUUUCUACAGCGUUUUGAGGAGCUUGAUCCAAUGAAGCAUCCAAGAAAGCUUCAAUUUCACUUUGGUGAAGGUAGAAUAGUCAUGGCAACAAUUGCAAACAACAGUAAGCUUUUUUUGGAUUUCUCCACUUGGAAGAAAGAGCUUAUUGAAAUUCAAUAUGAAUUGCAGUUCAAGCUCAGUAAAAUGCAAUCUUUUACCUCCAACAUCUCAGUGAAAACUCUCUAUUUGAAGUCAAUAAGCUAUUUGACAAGUGGGGUAGCUUCCACCAUCAUUUCAAAUUUAGAGCAUCUUGAGAAUUUGGUCAUUAUUGAGUGUAGUGGGUUGCAAUCUUUGAGCAUUGACUCUGCAUCGGAGCUGCAAAAGUUAACCAUCUGGGAUUGCUUACAAUUGAAGUCUCUUCACCUUAGAACUUCCAAACUCAAAUCUUUUCAAAUAAGUGGACCGCUUCCUUUGAUUAGGCCUGAGUAUCAUUUCAACCUGAGUGAUGCCAUGCUUGAUUUUAGACUGGGACCAAGCUGCAGAAAUUUCAAGACUAGGGAUUUUGAUGCAACUCUAUUGACAAUAAAGAACUCUCAAGUUCUCACACUUUGUAAAUGGACUUUUGAGGAAUUAAUAUGGCCAUCAGUUUCUCCUAUAGCUGGAAGUUUCAAAUUCUAUAAAUUAAGAGAAUUAUGGUGGAUUGACAGUUAUAAGGAUGAAUAUAACAUGGAUGCCUUAUUCUGCUUCUUGAAAUUAUGCCCUGCCUUGGAGCAACUUUUUGUGACGAUUGAUCCUGAAAGUUAUUGGACUGAAAGCACUAAUUCAUGCUUGAUGCAAACAACCAAAUGUGUAGAAUUGAAGCAUCUAAAACUGGUAAAGUUAAUGGGAUUUACAUGUAGUAAAGAUGAAAUCUCAUUGGCAAAAUGUUUAAGUCAUCUAAUCAAGGGAAAGCCUCCAAAGAUAAACACAUCUGAUGGGAAUUGCUGGGAUGCAGAGUUUGUGCAGUGAUUAGUUUUCUUAUAUCAGCCAUAACAAACUAAGGACUUCCUCCAAUAUCUAGGGAAGGAAAACUAUAAACAUGUCUCAAGCACGUAGGCAAGGUAUUACAACUAAAUUUGUAUGAUGUUAUAAUUUAUUUCUCUUUCCUUACAAUAAA